AUGUCCGCACCAGCUGGAACCGCGAGGAUUAUGCAUGGAGAUAGUAACUCUCUCACCCAAUUCAACGAUAAUGCAGUAGUAGGGCUCGGGCAGGAAAGGGAAUGGAAAAUUCUUCCCACGGGCGCCGGCGACGGUAAUUCUGUCGUCAUUAUGUUGAAGGACGACAGCGGCGAGGACAAGUGCCUUACUCUCGAUAGUCAAUCCGGUGACUCUGACGGAAUAAACAUUCUUGUGAGGCCACUGGAAUCACCACCCAGACCUGAGCAGAUGUGGACCAUAGAAGAUGCCAUUAUGCAGCCAAGGUUCCCGCCGAUUGUGCACGGCAGAAUACAGAGUUGUGCGAAGAAGAACUGUUCUGCCACAAUUGGGGGUAUGGUCCCGUUGCCGAGGAUAUUCAUGAACGUAGCCGCGGUACCGCACGACGACGGCGACAUGGACAGGUUCAGAUGGCGCAUUGACUACCUUAGCAUGGAGUAG